AUGGAAAUAAAAGAGAAGAGAAGCAUGAGGCAACACUGUGCUCUCAAACAUGGAAUACUCAAGGAAUUCCUGGCAGAAUUCCUGGGGACAUUUGUCUUGGUUUUGUUUGGCUGUGGCUCAGUCGCUCAGACUGUCCUCAGUCGGAACACCCUGGGUGAGCCUCUCACCGUCCACAUCGGCUUCUCUGUAGGACUGAUGAUGGCAGCGUACGUGGCCGGUGGAGUGUCAGGGGGCCAUGUGAACCCUGCUGUUUCUCUGGCCAUGGUGAUUCUGGGCAAACUGAAGAUCUGGAAGUUUCCCUUCUAUGUCAUUGCUCAGUUUCUUGGUGCUUUUACUGGAGCUGCUGCAGUAUUUGCAUUAUACUAUGAUGCCUUCAUGGACUUCACCAGUGGGAUUCUGUCAGUGACGGGCAUCAAUGCAACAGGUCACAUUUUUGCUUCCUACCCUGCGAGACACCUGUCAGUCCUCGGCGGCUUCAUCGAUCAGGUGAUGGGGACAGGUAUGCUGGUGCUGUGUAUUCUGGCAAUUAUUGAUGGUGAAAACAUCGGCGCUCCCAAAGGCGUGGAGCCGCUGGCUAUCGGUCUGAUCGUCAUGGCCAUCGGUGUGUCCAUGGGGCUGAACUGUGGCUACCCCCUGAACCCCGCCAGAGACCUGGGACCCCGACUGUUCACAGCUGUAGCAGGAUGGGGGAUGGAGGUCUUCAGCACUGGAGACUACUGGUGGUGGAUUCCUGUGGCGGGGCCCAUGGUGGGGGGCGUGGUCGCAGCCGUCAUCUACUACCUGCUCAUUGAGCUGCACCACCCCCGCGAGGAGCCCGAGCAGCCCCAUGAGGAGGAGGAAGAAGAGGAGGAAGAGGAGGACGAGGAGGACAGCAUGAAGGACAAAUAUGAGAUGAUCACCAUGAGCUAAAAAAAAGACAUUAACUUCCAGGACUAAAUGGUCAAAUUCAGCUGUUUUACUGUCAGUCAGGUGAAGAGCACACCUGUACGGGCAGGCUCCCUCUGUCAGCGUCCACAUUGGACUGUCUCCUUUGCAAUUUAACAUUUUAUGUUUUAUGUUUCAUAAACACAUGAGAAUCUCAGUCCUGUGUGCUUCGGAUUGUUAUCACAUAUAUGUUGUAAAUACUGUAUUAUAGAUAUUAGACCCUUCAUUUGGCUUUAUUCACUUGGAAACAAUUAGUUCUACGACUAAUAGUUUUACAUGCCUGCCAAUCUCCUUUUAGGUUUGCUCCUCGUUUUCUUCAGUGGUUGAGAUCAUAUUCUCUGUAUAUCCACUUUCUUUUUGUUUUAACUUAUAAUUAUUUUUCUUCUUUCGCAAACCACGAGGAAUCCUCCCUGCUGUUCUUUAUUAAUAACUG